CUGUCAUUACUUGGAACGAUGCAAUUGUCUUAUCUACGUGAAUAUUGGAUCUGCAAUGGAUCUCCUGAUUUGGAAUCCAAAGACUUUCCGAACUACUCUGUACAUUGGGGUUGGUUCUCAGCCUGAAGUGUAUACCGAGGGAUUCCUUUAAGCGACCAGUGAUCCGAGAUAGUGUUCCUGGGUAUUGGAAUUAUUGGAAACUCAGCUCUUCUUGUUCAGGAAGGGAACGUGAUGAUCAGAUAAGGCCUCUAUAGACCUGCUUUGAGUCUUGUCAUAGACAUCCUCGACAGGCAUAUAUAUAGGACUUAGAAUCCCCUCCCAAUGGCACUUGAAUCCUAACAGCAUCAAUCUCAAUACCAAAUAUAAAGUCUCUUACUCACCCAAACCUUUACCAAAACGCCCUUAGAUACCUCACUUUUACUAAACCCAACCGUCAAGAUGAAGUUCACCACCGUUCUCUCUGCCUUCGCUGUUGCGGGCUCUGCUCUGGCCACUGCCCUCCCUGCCACCGAAAGCGACCUCACCCAGCAGCUCACUGCCCAAGUCCAGGAGGCUGCUCGCCAGAUUGAGGCUGCCAAACUCGAGAAGAGGGACACCAGCAAGUGCAUUGAUCCUAUUCUAUGCUGUGGCACCCUCACCACUCCUCUUGACCCCAUCGUCGACCCCAUUCUCGAGGGGCUGGGUAUUAACGCCGCCAAUAUCGUUGGCUCCGUAGGCCUUCUUUGCCACGCCUACGAGAAGGAGUCUUGCACCACCGCUCCCCAGUGCUGCACUGAGAUUAACCUCUUGGGUGGUACACUUGCUCUUGGUUGCAGCGAUCUCUAAGUGCUUGAUUGUUGAGCUCAUGAAUUGUGUUGGUGGCGGUGCCGUUAUGUAUAACUACCGGUAUGAGUCAGUGUGGAAAUGAUGGAUAUUGUGCCUUUAAUUACUUCUCGGCGGGUGUGACUUGCCUAGAUACUUCUAUUUAUUUACACACUUUAAUGUAUUGAUACAUUCAGAUGACGGAUUUCUGUUUGUGCAUUGGACUUCCAUUAGCUUUAAUGUCUAUUUGC